CAGCCUAGCCGAACUAUUCAAGCCAUUCUCAAUUCAUUCAAACUCAAAUACUUUAUCUUGAUAUUUAUAUUUCAUCCUGAGACUUGUGAAGUCAUUCUAUUAGAAGUUUAAUGAUAGAAGUUUCUUUUAAAUAGAUUUUCUUAUAUUUGGUUCAGACAAUUUUAAAGGGAUACAUACAAAACACUCCCACCUGCGCGUGAGGCUCCUCUUCACUGGAGUUGGGGACGCUUGUUCGCGUGAUUGGAUUUACCUUGUCGGAUCUAAAACAUGAGGUUAUAAUAGCGAUAUCCGCUGAACAAUAACAUUAACUGAUUAAUCUGCUCCACUGGAAGGAGGCACGUACGCAGUUGGAGCUGCUUGACUGGACUGAGUGAUACCGCCGAGUACCGACACCCGUCUCUAAACACGGUGAAGGAAAAUGACUGCGAAAGAAUGCGCGGCUUUCAUAGUCGUGCUUUUUCAAAGCUUGAUGUCUUCAAGUGGCAUGCUGUUGGGACCACAGGUGCUUCCUGCCAAAGAUCCAUACCGGCAUCGUGCUGGAGGUUCCCUCAAACUCACCUGCAGAGGAUCUACCCAGCUGCAUUGGGAGCUUGCCAGUAGAAAUCUAAACUCUGAAGGGGUCUAUGUAGAACCUUGUGACAUAACUGGGAACUGCAGCAAGCUGGUGAUACGCAACCUGAAGUACACUGACACAGGAUACUACACUUGCAGUUACAAAAAUUCCAGAGAACACGAGAGUUCCAUAUAUGUCUUUGUUAAAGAUCACCAACAUCCAUUCCUAGAGACCUCCACGGAACAAAUCCUUUAUACAAAUGAGGAUGAAAAGUUUCUGGAAAUUCCGUGCAGAACAACAUCUCCUAAUCUAACAGUUUCUUUAGAAACAAAUCCUCCCAUGAAAGAUUCUGUCAAAGAUUCUGUGAUAUGGGAUCCAAAAGUGGGUUUUAGGAUUCCUUUUGCUCCUAAUGAAAGCUACAACAUGAUCACAUGUGCCACCAGUGACAAACAAACAAAAGUUAAAAGAACAUUCAUUGUACUACGUUUGAGCAAUGUUUUGGAAGAUGUACGGAUUACUCUUGAGCAUCCAAGAAUCCUGGUUGGAGACACCCUAACCCUCACCUGUUCAGUACACACCAAAUUUAAUGGCAGGAUUAAAUUUGACUGGCAAAUUAAAAAUAGAUCUAUCAUUCAUGCCAGGAUUCAAGACACUUACAAGAGCAGUAAACUAAUUAUACCAAACGUGUCUAUGGAGGACAAUGGAAAAUACAUUUGUACAGCAACACUAAAUGGCUUGAAGAAACAUGCUUCAGUCAAGGUCAAAGUACAUGGCUUCCCCAUCAGCGCUUCUGUAUGCUAUGAGGUAAUGGACCAUAACCUCAUCGAGGAGGUGAAAGAAAAGGAUGUAGGACUCUUUACCAUUGCUUCAUCUGACAUGAAGAGUGGACUUCACAGGAACUUAAGCUGCACAUUUUUUGACAAAGGGAUGGCAUUACGGCCACAGCUGCAUCCUCCCAAAGACACACACCUGCAGUCUGCUGGAAGCUCCCUCAUACUCAUCUGCAGGGGGUCUGCUCAGGUACAGUGGAAGCUUGCCAGUAGGAAUUCCACCUCUGAAGGGGUCCAUGUGGAACCUUGUGAACUAACUGCAAACUGCAGCAAGCUGAUAAUACACAACUUGGAGUACACAGACACGGGAUAUUACAAUUGCAGUCACAUCGACUCCAGCAAACAUGAGAGUUUCACAUAUGUCUUUGUCAAAGAUCAUGAUCAUCCAUUUGUAGCGACCUUCAGAGAGGAAGUCCUGUAUGUAUACAGAGAACAAACGUCUCUGGAGAUCCCUUGCAGGACAACAUCUCCCAGUCAGAAAGUUACUUUGGAAAUGGAUUAUUCCCUGGAAGAGUCUGACAAAGAACUCAUCUUAUGGGACCCAAAAGUGGGUUUUAAGAUUCCACUGAAACCGCCGAUGACCUAUUUCACAUGUUCCACCAGUGUGAAUGGAAAAAAGGAUACAUUGCACUACUUCUUGCACCGUUAUGCCAAUACUCUGAAUAAUGUUCACAUCACUAACAAGCGUCCAAGAUUCCUAGUUGGACAAUCUCUAAAACUCACCUGUUCAGGAGAAACCACAUACAAUGGCAGGAUUAAUUUUGAUUGGAAAUUUCCAUUUAAACAUAACAAGCAUAAUUCUACACAUGUGUCAAGAAGUGAUCCUGCCAAAAUCAUUAAAAUGACCAGUGAACUAAAUAUAUCUAGUAUAACUCUGAAGGAAAGUGGCCAGUAUAUUUGCACAGCAACAUUAGAAGAAAGAUAUAAGAAGACUGCUGUUGUUAAUGUCACUGUAUAUGAGCAUCCAUUCCUCAAUGUGACCCAUGGGACACAUACGGUUGUUAGGGUUGAAGAAGGUAAAAAUUACCAAUUUAAACCACAGGUUGAUGCUCUGCCUGAGCCAGACGAAAUAGCGUGGUAUAAAGAUGGCCUCCCCAUCAACUCAUCCUGCUUUGAGGUAAAGGGCUAUGACCUCAUCAUCAAUGAAGCGAAAGAAAGGGAUGCAGGAGUCUUUACUGUUGCUUUAUCCAGCAGGGAGAGUGGGCUUCACAAGAACAUAAGUUACAGACUUUGGGUCAUUAUGAAACCCAAAAUAUCUGAAGAAGAGGUGGCUCCAGCAGGUCCUCAUACUUACAAGCUCGGCCAGGAGCACCAACUUACCUGUACUGUCUUUGGAUUCCCAAGGCCCACUAUCACAUGGCUGUGGCAGCCAUGUCACCCUGAUCACAGUCUUACACAGUGCAAAUUGUAUAAACUUCCAAUAAAUGUCAAAGACAGUACCAGUUUUUCAUAUCCAGCAAACUUGAUUAAGGACGUGUCCAGUGUUACUAAGGAGAUAAAUGGCAGAAACAAGACAAUAAGUACCCUGGUUGUGAUAGCUAGUGUGUCAGGUGUCUACAAAUGCAAAGCCAGGAAUGAAUUUGGAGAGAAAGAAAUGAAUAUACGUUUCUAUGUGAAUGAUCAACCACAGUCUUUUGAGGUUAAACCCUUAAAUGCGACUGAGGGAGAUAAUGUCACUCUGAUAUGCCAGGGCACACGAUUCCUCUAUGAUAGGCUAAGCUGGUAUGAUUCACAAAGUCGCCUGGUUCAGGAUCACAGUGACAUGCAGAUCAGCUCUUAUUCUGUUAACCUAUUACUCAGACUAAAGAAUGUUUCUAGAAACCACACAAACGGCUAUGGGUGCAGAGCAUUCAAUAUCUACACUGAGACUGAGGUCAAUACAACUUCUAACUUAAUCAUUCAGGAGAGACAAGUUCCCUGGUUUGUACAGAACUUGACCAGUCAAGAAGUGAAUACUAGCAGUACUCUGACCCUAACAUGUCUGGUCCAUGGUGCACCAGCUCCAUCUAUUACAUGGUACAAGGAAAAUAUUCCCAUCAAAGAAGGGCCAGGAAUUACUUUGAUGCAAAAUGGGGACCUGAUCAUCCAGAGGGUGAAGAAAGAGGAUGAAGGCAUGUAUAAGUGUCAGGCCAGUAAUUCUAUCGGUGUGGCAACGUCUAGUGCAGUCAUCACUGUACUGGGCGAUGAAGGCAAGCCAAAUAUUGAGGUGAUCAUCCUUGUGUGCACGGGAGUUGCUGCCACACUCCUUUGGAUUAUGCUCAUUCUCUUCAUCCGCAAGCUAAGAAAGCCAAGUUCUGCAGAUCUGAAGACAGGCUACCUGUCCAUCAUCAUGGAUCCUGACGAGAUGCCACUUAAUGAACAGUGUGAUCGUUUACCUUAUGACAGCAGCAAAUGGGAGUUCCCUAGAGACCGUCUCCGACUGGGUAAAACUCUGGGCCAUGGCGCUUUUGGAAAAGUUGUGGAGGCUUCAGCAUUUGGUAUAGACAAGCUCUCCACAUGCAAAACAGUUGCUGUUAAAAUGCUUAAAGGAGGAGCUACAAGCAGCGAAUGCAGAGCUCUUAUGUCUGAACUGAAGAUACUAAUUCAUAUUGGCCACCAUCUCAAUGUUGUCAAUCUACUAGGGGCCUGCACUAAACAAGGAGGCCCAUUGAUGAUCAUUGUAGAGUACUGCAAGUAUGGCAACCUUUCAAACUUCUUGAGAAGCAAGAGAGGAGACUUUGUGGUUUAUAAAUCACAGGACAGCAAAGGGCUGCUGACAAGUCCAGGGUGCGAGCUAAGUGAGCUUCUUAAGCGUCGACUGGAGAGCGUGGCUAGCACAGGAAGCUCAGCAAGCUCAGGCUUCAUUGAAGAUAAGAGCUACUGCGACUCAGAGGAAGAAGAGGAAGAGUCUGAUGACUUCUAUAAGAGAGUGUUGACACUAGAGGACUUAAUUUGCUACAGCUUUCAAGUAGCUAAAGGCAUGGAGUUUUUGGCUUCACGAAAAUGUAUUCACCGUGAUUUGGCAGCACGGAACAUCCUCCUGUCCGAAAACAACGUUGUUAAGAUAUGCGAUUUUGGACUAGCCAGAGAUGUGUAUAAAGAUCCAGACUAUGUCCGUAAAGGAGAUGCCAGACUUCCUCUUAAGUGGAUGGCACCAGAGGCCAUAUUUGACAAGAUCUAUACUACACAGAGUGAUGUUUGGGCCUUUGGUGUGCUAAUGUGGGAGAUCUUCUCUCUGGGUGCCUCUCCUUAUCCUGGUGUGCAAAUUAAUGAAGAAUUCUGCUGCCACUUGAAAGAGGGCACCAGAAUGCGAGCACCGGAGUAUGCUUCCUCUGAAAUAUAUCAGACCAUGCUGGACUGUUGGGAUGGAGAACCACAGCAGAGGCCCACUUUUACAGAGCUAGUGGAGAGGCUAGGAGACUUGCUCCAGGCAAGUGUACAGCAGGAGGGAAAACACUACAUUCCUAUUAAUACAGAACUACUGAGAAAAGCUGACCCAUCAAAAUCAAACCCUACAGAGAAAACAUCCUCAAGACCUGUCUCUAUCAGAAACUCUGGAAGCUCAUGGAACAUCAAGGUCCGUCCUGGCAGCAUCAAAACCUUUGAUGAAAUAACAAAUGAGAGUGAAACAAAUGAUAUGCAUGAGGGAGGGCAUUCAGACAGUGGCAUGGGUCUGUCCUCUGAUGAUCUAAAGAAGCUGAAGCAUUUUGAUUCCUUGGCUCAGCCCUUGAGUAUCAUGGUCCUGGCAAUGAAGACGAAGAGUAAGGAGUCUGUGUUGUCAGAGGGGGAGAAGGAGAAAUAUCCACCACUCAUUCCUUCACUAGACAUUAGUCUGGAAGAUUCCUCUCUGGAUCCAGAGCUGGAGUGUGACAGCCCUCCACCAGACUACAAUUAUGUUGUCCGCUAUUCCACGCCACCUGUCUAAGUUUCCAGCUGCUAAGAUAAGAUAAGUUAAGAUGAGAUAAGAUGAGAUGAGAUGAGAUUAAAUAAGAUAAGAUAAGAAAAGAAAAGAUAAGAUAAGAUAAGGAAAGAAAAAUCUUUAUUUAUCCCACAGAAAGUUGCAAACUCAUGCUACCCAUGAACCAUCAGGACCUCAUACUCAACCACCGGACUCUUUCAUUUACUACUUAUUACUCUGAGUAAGCUUUCUUUUUCUAAAAAAAAUUAACUAAGGAACAGAAAUUAAUUUUGAGUUCUGUUCCCAUUUUCACAGGUAUAUUUCUUAAUGUAAUUCCAGCACUGCUACCUUUAGUGUAUCUUGCCAUACUUCUGUAUAACCUCUUCCAGUGUAUAGAAGUAAGAGGUGCAAUGCUGCCAUAUUGUGUGUGUUUUUUUCUAAAAUCUGUUGAAACACAUCACAACAUAGUACUGUGAGAUUCACAAAUAGACCACCUCAGGUAUUUCUGUUAUCUACUGUAAACACAAAAAGCACAAAAUACAACAUACAGUUUCACAUAGUAUCAUAGAUUCAUUUGUAUCAAGUCAAAUUCACACGAUAAAAUAAACAAAUUUAAAAAGCAGAAAACAGCUUCUUUAUACUUUACAAAUAUGAAUACUGAAAGGUUUUGUAUUUUACUCUUUUACACAUAUAUUUAUCAGCUCUUUCUUUUAAAGGUUAUUUUAAAGAAAAUAUUUUUCAUCAGUGUAUACAAACAGGAUUGUUAUUGACUCACUAAAUUUUAAAGAAGCAAUAACUUGUUAAGUAAUUUUUCAUAGAUAAGUGCUUCUCAACCCUGGUGCUGACCCUGAGAGGACCACCUGUCCUGCACAUAUUAGUAUUCCGACUCUAUUACAUCCACAUUAAUUCAGAGUAGGCUGUUAAUUAUCUGUUAUGUAAAUCAUGUAUGUUGGGACCUGAGAAAGCACUAAAUGUAGGGGGCAGGUGGUCCUCCAGGACCAAGGUUGAGAAACACUACUGUAGAGGAUUUUCCUUUAUAGUUACUAUCCUUUAUCAAUUAUAAAGAACAACUGUAUGUAAAUCAGAUGUUAAAUCUUUGUAUGCACAUUAUUUUUAUUACAUGACACUACAUAAUACUCUCACUGUUAAACCUUUUUCAUAUUGUUGCACUAUUUUUUUUUUUUUUACUGAGUAGAUUAACACCACAAAUACCCAGCAUUAACAUUUGCCAUUUAGUUCAUUUCUAUAGAACAGGAUCAUGCAUGUUGGAAGGAAAUGUGAUCUGUAUGACACACUGUUUACAGCUUGUCCUUCCCUAACUCCUCAAUUUGAAUGGUUCUUAUUAUAAUUAAAAUGUCCCAGUAAAAUUGUUCAUUUAAAUAAUGGUUUUUGAAGGUGAAUAAAACAAAUCAUUUUAAUAAGAUAAAAAAAAUUGUUAUAGAGUAAAUAAUCCCAUAAGAUACAAGUUUAAUUAAUAAAUACUAAUUUAAGUUCUCUCUUAAGUGGAAUCCCUCUGAUACUUUUCAUGUCUAAUGUCUUUUGGGUUGUUUACACUGUAUACAUAAUAAUAUUCCAUUUACAAAUGAUUCUUAAUGUUAUUAACCUGUUCUGUUUGUGAUAUAAUCUAUCUAAAGCUUGCAGGGCAGGCAUAAAGAUUACUAAUUAAUAUAAGUCUCCACGUAUAUAUGGUCAUCAUAAAUUAUAUCAUAAAAAUAUGAACAUCUGCAGGUGAUAUCAAUAUGAACUAUUCAGUAACAAGUGACAGUAAGAAAUGUGUGGCCCUGUACCCAAGAUAUUUCUUAGUUCAGUAUUCAUUUCUUUAUUCAUUAUUCAUUUCUUCCUUCAGUAUUUAUGGGUAGAUAUAUCAAUGUUAUGGCAAUAUCUGCUAUCAAAUAAUGUUUGUAUUAUUUUUGACUUGUGCCCAUUGACAAAGCAUAUUGUAUGCACUGAGACGUUUUUAUGCAUUAUAAAUGUAUUUUAACCAGAUAUCAAUAAAGAUUUAUAUAUUUAUAUACAA